GACAAAAUGGUUGACGUGUACAAAUAAAACUCCAAGAUAUCGCACCGGCGAUAUCGCUGGUGUCGAAUAUGGAGAGUCCAUCCAAGAGAAGAAAGAAAAAUGAUACCAAACCCACACCAAUCACACAUCGCAGUCUCGAUUUCUUCUUCCGUAAACAAGGCCCUUCGAACGAAGUCAAUGGCACUUUCAAGGGGACUGGAGCCCUGGAAAAGUCAGACAAUAUUGACGAUGAUCAAUCUCCAUCGGAACAAACGCUGACAGACGAGGAACUGGCAAGAAAGCUGCAGGAAGAAUGGGCAAGAGAAGAUGGACAAGGCAAUGACGAGAUUACCAACAGCGAAGAACGGCCAGACCCGACCCAUGCUCAAGAGAUAGAACACAACAUGGAGGAAAACAAAAAAGACUUUGUCACAGCUGCACUCGACAGGUCUGAUCCAAUUUCUCAAGCCAUCCCGAUUGAGAAUAAAAAGAGUGUGCUAGGACUACAGUCGACGGCUUCAGACGAAGACAAAAUUACGUUAACGGUGCCCUUUGAUCAAAGUCCCUUGACGUUCGACCCUUCACAGUAUGUAUCCGAGCUGAAAAGCCAUUGGGCUGCCGAUGGUGGCGACGCAUCGUAUGCUUUGCUUACUCGGUGCUUUUAUCUUGUCAACUCCACUCAAAGCCGGAUCAAGAUCGUUGACACUCUUGUCAAUUGUUUGCGGCUCAUCAUAGAAGCAGACCCCAAAAGUUUACUUCCUGCGGUGUGGCUGGCCACGAACUCGAUCGCACCGCCAUAUAUCUCUCUCGAGUUGGGCCUCGGCGGCUCAGCCAUCUCGAAAGCCUUAAAGAAAGUAUGUGGUCUUGAUAGUGCAGGGCUGAAAACCCUCUACGAUAAGCAUGGAGACGCUGGGGAUGUCGCCUUCGAGGCCAAGAAGAAACAGAGCUUUACUUUGAGGAAGCCGAAGCCGCUCACUAUCAAUGGCGCAUAUCAGACACUGGUCAAAAUAGCGAACAGCAAAGGUCAUGGCAGUGUCGAGCAGAAGCAACGGCUGGUGGAACGCUUACUACAAGAUGCCCGCGGCCCAGAGGAAAGCAGAUACAUAGUGAGGACUUUGGUACAACAUCUCAGAAUAGGAGCUGUAAAAACAACGAUGCUGAUCGCACUUGCCCGGGCAUUCCGACUUUCACGACCAGAGGGAGCGGAUUUUACGAUCAUGGAUGCUUCCGAACUGGCGAAACUGAAGAAGGAAGACUUGGCCGUUGUAUGGUCCAAAGCGGAAGAAGUUGUUAAGACUUGCUUUGCGCGGCGCCCGAACUAUAACGACCUCGUCCCUGGACUCCUGGAAGUCGGCGUGUCAGAUGAGUUGCUAUUACGCUGCGGCUUAGCUCUACAUAUCCCUCUUCGACCGAUGUUGGGCAGCAUUACUCGAGAUCUCAGCGAGAUGCUCACCAAAUUGCAGGGUCGAGACUUCAGUUGUGAGUACAAGUACGAUGGCCAAAGAGCUCAAGUACAUUGUGACGAAGCAGGAAAGGUUUCAAUUUUUUCUCGUCACCUGGAAGUCAUGACAGACAAGUACCCGGAUCUGGUAGCCCUUGUGCCCGAGAUACGAGGUGAUGGAGUAUCAAGUUUCAUCUUGGAAGGCGAAGUUGUUGCUGUUGACCGCAACACUGGAGAGCUCAAGACUUUCCAAACUCUCACGAACCGUGCCAAGAAGGACGUCGACUUGUCGUCUAUCCAGAUUGAUGUCUGCUUGUUUGCCUUCGAUUUAAUGUUCCUGAACGGCGAACCGUUGCUGGAUCGCCCUUUUCGCGAGCGUCGCGGAUUACUGCGCAGCAUGUUUGUGGAGAAAGAACACCAUUUCACCUGGGUGAGAAGCAUUGAUGCAACAUCAGCUGAUUCCGACGUGGUUCUUGAGUUCUUCAAAUCUGCAACGGAUAUCAAAUGCGAAGGUAUCAUGGUGAAGGUCUUGGAUAACCUACCGAAUCCUGAUCUCAUUGGAGAAGAGCCAGACCAAGCAGAAAAAGAUGACACACCCGGCCCAGCACCAGUAACUCCGAGCAAGAAGGGCAAGAAGUCAAGCAAAAAGUCCCAAGUGGAUAAAGAACAAGAGAAGGAGAAAGGCUCUCGCCGUAAAGCCCUUCUGUCGACCUACGAACCCGACAAACGCCUCGAUUCCUGGCUCAAAGUUAAAAAAGACUACGCCACCUCUGCAGACACCAUCGACUUGAUCCCUGUUGCAGGCUGGCACGGUCAAGGCCGAAAGGCAAAAUGGUGGUCGCCGAUACUCCUGGCUUGUCGAAAUCCACAGACUGGCUCACUUGAAGUUGUCACAAAGUGCAUUUCAGGCUUUACUGACAAAUUCUAUCAGGCCAACAAGGAAAAGUACGCUGAGGGAGGCGACAAUGUACUAGGUGCGAAGCCGAGCUACAUUGAAUACAGUGCCUACGAGCCAGAUGUCUGGUUCGAACCUCAAGAGGUCUGGGAAAUGGCAUUUGCAGACAUUACUCUCAGCCCAACCUAUACUGCUGCUAUCGGACUGGUCAACGAGGAUCGUGGUCUAAGCAUGCGCUUCCCUCGCUUUCUGAAGCUUCGGGAGGACAAGAGCGUCGAGGAAGCAAGUACAUCGGAAUUCCUCGCGAACCUAUAUCGGAAGCAAGAGGCACGGAUUCAAGCUACAGGAGGCGCGUCAAACAAUCGUGGAGGUGACGAGGACGAAGAUUUUGAUGAAUGACAAGAAUAGAUACCCACUUGCUGUAUAUGUGUGUAAUGUAUGCGGGCUCUCCGUACUUGGAU